AGGUUUACACUUAAAAGCCUGUCUGUGCGGAAGAACAUCAAUAGAAGAGGGAUGGAAAUUGAUACUAGAUGCCCAGUUUGUCUGAGAUUGGAUGAGGACGGGGGUCAUUGCUUCUUGAAAUGUAAAUAUGCAAAACAAUGCUGGAGGGCCCUUGGUCUGGAAGAGGAGAGGGAGAUGCUGUGCAAGUGCUCAUCAUCUAUGCAGGUUUCGGAGAACAUUAUGUCCAUGCAGGAAUCGAAAAGAAUCCUAAUCAUUGGUCUAUUGUGGUCUUGGUGGGAUGCUCGAAAUAAAGUGAACGCAGGAACAGAAAGGAGAUCAAUUGAUGAGAUUAUAUAUAGAGCCCGAUUGGUGACACAGAAUGUGCAGGAAUUGCCCACCAAUGCAGAAUCGAUCAAUGCACGAGAACGUGAUCGACGAUGGGUGCCGCCGGGGCGGGAUGUAUGGAAGAUAAAUGUUGAUGCAGCUUUCUUGGAGAAGGACCUUGGGGGUGCAUGGGGCUUUGUGGUUCGUGAUGAUCAUUCCAGAGCAGUCUUGGCAGGUGCUGGUCGGAUUGCGGUGGUGAGUGAUGCCCUCUGUGCUGAAGCCCGUGCUUGUAUUGAGGCGCUAAUGGUAGCAGCGAAUCAAGGCAUGCAACAUGUCAUGGUGGAAACAGACUCCCAGACCCUGGUCAAGGCUCUACAAACGGAUGAGUUCGAUCGUGCUCAGGGGGGUGUGUUAUUCAGAGAAGCGAAGUUCCUGAUGGCCACCAUGUUUAGUUCGGCAUCAGUGGUACAUGUUCAUCGUUCUUGUAAUUUAGUAGCUCAUGAAUUGGCUCGUGCUGGUCGUAUUAGGGACUUGGAUCACCCGGCUGUAUGGGUGCAUCCUCUCCCAGACUUUGUAAUCGCUUUAUUGGUUCGCGAAUCCGCUGAACCUCUGGUGCCUUAAAUAAAGAAACGAGCCUUAACUCAAAAAAAAAAACGGCUGUUUUCAAACAGGGAGAUGG